AUUUGAACAGCAGCAAUGUCAGAAAGCUCAGUUGAUGAAUUACUUCGAUAGAAUUUGGAUGCAGUCUGUUAUUUGAAAUUUCUUCAUGUUAGAUUUUUUUCAAGUUUUUAAUUAUGCGAAAGCUAGCGAUUAUUAUCCUUCUGUUAGUUGGAAGUAGUUUGGCACAGCGGAGGAAUUACUUGAGUGCAGUAUGCCCUAUUGGUUGUAUUUGUUAUAAACAAUCUGUAAGAUGUAUGAAGUUGGAUUUGCAAAGUGUUCCUAGGUUUCCUACGCAAGCUUUACUUCUUGAUUUGAGAUUCAACAAAAUUAGUAGUCUUCAGGGAGACAAUUUCAGAGAUGGUCAUGAGAUAUCGGCACUUCUGCUGGACAAUAAUUUACUUUUUGAGUUGAAAAAUGGGACAUUCGAUGAGCUAUAUCAAUUAAAAUAUUUAUAUUUGUCAAAAAAUGAUAUUAGAUACAUCGAAUCUGGAGUAUUCCAGAAGUUAAUAAGGCUUGAGCAUUUAUUCUUGCAGAGUAACAAUCUUCAGACAAUUGAUGAUGGAACCUUCUCCAACAUGCAAUUUUUAAAUAGAAUUUAUCUUCAAUACAAUAGAUUACAAAACUUACCUGCCCAAGCUUUCAACAAUUUACCGGAAUUGAGAAUGCUUAGGCUUGAUCAGAAUCCUCUGAAUUGCGAUUGCAGUAUGGCGUGGCUUAUUGAAAUGAUGAAUUCAAACUCUCUUCAAGUAUCUGCUGACUGUUUAUUUCCUGUAGAAAUGUUUGGGAAGCCGCUCAAAGGACUGACUCCAAAUGAUCUUCAUUGUGGGCCUCCAGAAAUCAAAGAGGGUCCUAGUGACAUUCAGCUCAAGCGAGAAGAAACUGCCGUUUUGAAUUGCAUCACCAGUGGCGACCCCAAACCAUCAAUAAUUUGGUACAAGAACCAAGAGAGAAUAGAUACGCACAAUAACAGAUAUACUAUUUUGACUAAUGGUUCAUUAAUGAUAUCUAAUGUGAAUCAAGGCGACCAAGGACAUUAUUACUGUUCAAUAAAAAAUAUUUUGGGAGAAAUAAGCUCCAGAUUAGCAAGCGUUCUGCUGAAAAAUGAUGCGGAAGAAAAUUAUGGUCCACCAACUAUUGCAAUAAAACCGUCUUCCAUUUCUUCUGCUCCUGGACAACCCUAUGCUCAACUAGCUUGUAAAGCUGUUGGGAAUCCUCGUCCAGAUAUAACGUGGUCUUUCAAUGGAGUACAAAUUUUGCAAUCUACAAAAUAUGCAAUUGAUUCGGAGGGAACUUUGACAAUUCGACCAAUUGAAACAAAGGAUCAUGGUACAUACACAUGCUUCGCUAGGAAUACUUAUGGUAGAGCAAGUGCAGAAGCUAAUAUUUUAUUGCAAUCCCCACCUGUUUUUUCUGUCCAACCAGAAAACGUCGAAGCGAAUAUUGGAGCUGAAAUCAUAUUAGAAUGCGUAGCAGUUGGGUCACCAGAACCAGAGAUUAUUUGGUAUAAAAAUGAUAUUGAAAUUGGAUCAACAGAUAGAAUGUUCAUUCCAGUAGAUGGAACAUUUGUCAAGAUCGAGAAUGCGACGGAAGAAGAUUCUGGGUUAUACAUCUGUGAGGCUAGAAAUAUACAAGGAUCAAGGGAAGUGGGAGUUGAAGUUAAGGUUAAAUCCCUUAAUAUUACAUCACCGAAAUUCAUCUACAAACCAUACAACAUAGAGGCUUUCGUUGGAAGUUCCAUUGAGAUGCCUUGUCAAGCAGAAGGAACACCAACUCCAGGUAUCCAAUGGCAAAAAGAUGGCGCCACUAUGCAACGAACUGGUAGAGCAAAGACGUCCUUCACUGGGAGUCUCUACAUCAACGAAGUAGGACUUGAAGACCAGGGUCGUUAUGAAUGUAUUGCUAUAAACGACAAUGGUCGAGCUACAGCUUCAGGUUAUCUUACGGUAAAAAAUGACCCCACUGCAAUAAAGAUUGAUGGUAUUGGCGAUCAGUAUGUGAAAAUCGCUUUUUCCGAAGCUACUGAAGAAAUAGAGAGAGCAAUCAAUAAUACUGUGAAGAACCUCUUUGAAACCAAAGGCCCCUACAAUUCUGCAGAAUUAUUCAGGCUCUUCAGAUUCCCCGAUGCACCUACUCGAGAACUCGCAAAAGCAGCUGAAAUCUAUGAACGUACCCUAGCAAAUGUGAAAAAACAUAUCGAUGCAGGGAUGGUUACAAAUGCUACAAAAGAAUAUCAUUAUAAGGAUAUUUUAUCCAAAGAACAUCUAGAUCUCAUUGCUCAACUUUCUGGUUGUACAACACACAGAAGAGUUAGGAAUUGUUCGGAUACUUGUUUCCAUAAGAAGUACAGGAGUAUAGAUGGGGGAUGUAAUAAUCUAGAGAAUCCAACAUGGGGCUCAUCAUUGACACCCUUCAGGAGAAUCUUGCAACCUAUUUACGAAGACGGUUUUGGUAAACCUGUCGGCUGGAACAAAACUAAGAAAUACUUUGGAUAUCCAAAACCAUUAGCUAGACUUGUAUCAACGUCAAUUAUCUCCACUCAUCAAAUUACACCGGACGACGAAAUAACUCACAUGGUGAUGCAAUGGGGACAGUUUCUGGACCACGAUUUAGAUCACUCUCUUCCUGCAGUCAGUUCACAGAGUUGGGAUGGCGUAGAUUGUAAAAAAACUUGCGAAUAUGCUGCGCCUUGUUUUCCAAUGGACGUUCCACCUAAUGAUCCAAGAGUUCGUAACAGAAGAUGCAUAGAUUUCAUCCGUACCUCAGCAGUGUGUGGAUCUGGCAUGACCUCCGUAUUUUUCGAUAAUAUACAACCAAGAGAACAAAUCAAUCAGUUGACAUCCUAUAUUGACGCUUCUCAAGUGUAUGGAUAUUCGGAAGAGUUGUCAAGAGCUCUAAGAGACCUUAAUAGUGACGGUGGAAGACUCAGAGAAGGUCCUGAUUUCACAGGAUGGAAGCCAUUGUUACCUUUUGCAUCCAACGAAGGUAUAGAUUGCAGACGUAAUUUAUCGGAAAGUGAUGUUAAUUGCUUUGCUGCAGGAGAUAUUCGAGUUAAUGAACAGAGUGGCCUAAUAGCAAUGCAUACUUUAUGGAUGCGGGAGCAUAACAGAAUAGCUAGAGAAUUGAAAGCCUUGAAUCCUCAAUGGAAUGGAGAGACUAUUUUUCACGAAUCACGAAAAAUUGUUGGCGCUAUAAUGCAACACAUAACCUACAAGCAAUGGCUGAGAUUCAUAGUAGGUGACAGUGGAAUAGAGAAACUUGGGGAGUACCAAGGAUAUAAUCCGAAUAUUCAAGCCACAAUUUCGAACGUUUUUGCAACAGCAGCAUUGAGAUUCGGACACACUUUGAUAAAUCCUGUUCUUCAUAGGUUCAACGAAGAUUUCAAACCUAUACGUGAAGGCCAUUUGCCACUUAGACAUGCCUUCUUUGCACCAUGGAGAGUGGUGAAUGAAGGUGGAAUAGAUCCACUGCUCAGAGGGCUUUUUACUGUUCCAGCUAAGCUUAAGAAACCUAAAGAAAAUCUAAACUCGGAACUAACAGAGCAACUUUUCAGGACUGCACACGCUGUAGCUUUGGAUUUAGCUGCAAUGAAUGUUCAAAGAUCUAGAGAUCAUGGACUUCCUGGAUACACUGAGUAUAGAAAAUUCUGUAAUAUGACGGAUGUAGAAAAUUUCGAAGACCUUCGUUCUGAAAUAAGCAACGAAGAAAUAUUAAUAAAACUCCAUGAACUCUAUGGUCAUCCUGGAAAUAUUGACGUAUUUGUUGGUGGUGUUUUGGAAGAUACUGUGAGUGAUGGAAGGGUGGGACCACUAUUUCAAUGUCUACUUUUGGAACAAUUCAAACGAUUGAGAGAUGGAGAUAGGUUUUAUUAUGAACAUCCUGAUGUGUUUACCCCCGAUCAGCUGAAUGAAAUAAAGAAAUAUAGUCUAAGCCAUAUUUUAUGCUACGACGGUGAUAAUAUAACGAGAGUUACUGAAAAUUCAUUUAUUCUACCAGAUAAACAAGGUGGUUUUAUCCCAUGUUCCACGUUGCCCUCUAUUAAUCUAAGACCUUGGAUGCAAAGGACUCGUCAGGAUUGUGUUGUAUGACCCAAAUAGUGACUGUUUAGAAAUAUCAUCAAAUUUGAUAAUCAUUUCUGAUUUAUGAUUUCAUGAAAUAUACAUAAUUAUAAUAAAAUUGGAAUAAAUGACAAAAAUUAAA